GCAAAACCCUUUUGGAGUAAUCAAACUAGUAUCUAAAUCCUUCAACUUUUCUAAAACAAUGGCUUUAGAACACAUCAAAAUCUUUCUCAUUGUCUCUCUAGUUUCAUCAUUCUGUUUCUCGACCACUCUUUCUCGUCUUCUCGACCAUGAACUCAUCAUGCAAAAGAAGCACGACGAGUGGAUGGCCGAACAUGGACGUACUUACGCAGAUAUGAAUGAGAAAAACAAUCGCUACGUUGUGUUCAAACGCAACGUGGAACGCAUUGAACGCUUAAACAACGUUCCCGCCGGAAGAACGUUUAAACUCGCGGUAAACCAGUUUGCUGAUCUAACCAACGACGAGUUCCGUUCUAUGUACACUGGUUACAAAGGAGACUCGGUCUUGUCUAGCCAAAGUCAAACAAAAUCCACGUCGUUUAGGUACCAAAACGUUUCUUCUGGUGCUUUGCCGAUUGCUGUUGAUUGGAGGAAGAAAGGAGCUGUGACUCCUAUCAAGAAUCAAGGCAGUUGUGGAUGUUGUUGGGCGUUUUCAGCGGUUGCGGCUAUAGAAGGAGCAACGCAGAUAAAGAAAGGGAAACUUAUUUCUUUGUCUGAACAACAGCUUGUAGACUGCGACACAAACGAUUUUGGCUGCAGCGGCGGUCUAAUGGAUACUGCGUUUGAGCACAUAAUGGCCACUGGCGGAUUAACCACUGAAUCAAAUUAUCCUUAUAAAGGCGAAGACGCCAAUUGCAAGAUCAAGAGCACUAAACCGUCAGCAGCUUCUAUCACAGGCUAUGAGGAUGUCCCUGUUAACGACGAGAAUGCUCUAAUGAAGGCAGUGGCACACCAACCGGUUAGCGUUGGAAUAGAAGGAGGUGGUUUUGAUUUCCAAUUCUACUCGUCCGGUGUGUUUACCGGAGAGUGCACAACGUAUCUUGAUCACGCGGUGACUGCCGUAGGAUACAGCCAAUCUUCCGCCGGAUCAAAGUAUUGGAUCAUCAAAAACUCAUGGGGAACAAAAUGGGGAGAAGGUGGAUACAUGAGGAUUAAAAAAGAUAUCAAGGAUAAAGAAGGAUUAUGUGGUCUUGCCAUGAAGGCUUCUUACCCAACUAUAUGAAAAACCGGUUCAAUACCCGGUCAAGGUUAAAAUGUGUAUAUGUGUGGGUUUUAUGUCUUAAAAUGGUGAUAUGAAUAGUUUGUAUGGGUGUCACAAAAAAAAAAAAGAAUAGUUUGUAUGGUUAUAAUUAAAGACUGUUGUAUGUAAUCUGUGAAAAAGGUAAGGAUGCAAAAGAUUU